AUGAUACGCGUUCCAGCACCUCCAGCUCUUACGCGAUGGCGCCGCAUCCUGAAGGCGGUGUUCUGCCUGGAGUGGAACGCCCUCGUCAUGAUGUCCCGCAUGGUGACGUUCGGACUGGCAAGCAGAAGCUGGCUCACACUUCGCGAGAAGACCGAGCAGGUGGCCACCCAGAUGCGCGAGAUGCAGCCGAAGAGCUCCAAGGAUUGCAUCCACCCGCAGUGGAAGCGGUUCGGAAACCGAUGCGGCCGGUACAGCCAGUGCCUGCGGUGCUACCUCAAGCUCCAGUGGAACGAGCUGAAGGCCCACCAAGCGCUCUCGGCCGAGCACACCGUGUACAUCAACAACAAGCAGAUCAGCAGAUGUCGUGCAGACAUCAUGGAAACCUUCGCCGGCCAGGCGGAGAUCAGCAGGAGAGCACCAACGUUCGGUCUGUCAGCAACCAUGCCCCUGGAUUUCCGCAGCGGCAUCGACCUGUCCACGUCAGAAAGACAGCACACCUGCGAUGAGAUGCUCGACCGGCUUCAGCCGUUGGUCCUCAUCCAGCAGGGCAUUCAUUGCCGACCCUGGACGCUCCUGCAUAACAACGUCAACUACGUUCGACGACCUCACGAACUACAAGCAUGGCGCGACCAGGAGCGCAAGACAGUGAUCCAAGCGGCAGAAUGGUGCAUGAAGCAGCACUUGGCCGGCAGGCACUACAUCCUGGAGAGCCCACAGGCUAGUCGUGUUUGGCAACUUCCGGAGAUGCAGGACCUCGCGAACAAGACGGACGCGACCUUCGUGGACACCGACAGCGGCGCCUACGGAGCCGUCAGCCGAGCUGGCAACCCCAUUAUCAAGACAUUCCGCUUCAUGUCCAACCAUCCCAAGCUCCUGCAGUACCUCAACCGCAUUUACUACCUCAAGCCGGAUGAGAACCAGACCAUCUGGGGAGAGAUCAUCGGCCAGGCGGAGUAUCUGAUGCACCGCUUUUUGGGGCACGUCAACAACGUGGAGCUCCUCAAGUUGCUCGCGCUGAACGGCAUCCACUCAGAUCAAGUGGUGAAGGCCGCUAAAGCCCUACGCUGUGCCGCUUGCGACAGAUGUGUCGCACUCAGACCUCCGAACCUGGCAGCUCUUCCUGACCAGCACAUCGGUCAGAUGGGCGACCGAGUUCAGAUGGACGUUCUCUACGUCAAGGACUUCAAGGCGACCACCAUUGCCCUGCUCCACCGCAACGUCAUCGAGCUCAGGAACUACUUUUCACCACAGCCACCACCUCUACCUCACCUACCAGAACUUGAGUGUAGCGCGCGCAUGGACCUCAAGGCAGAGAAAGUCCCUGCACCACUUGACACCGGACCUUCGAUAAGGACAUCACUGUGGUGCCGGUCAUUGGACGCGCGCGAGAUCAUCUUUGAACAACAGCAGCUGCGACUUCCAGCCCUACCUGCACAGCGUGAGGUCGUCACGGAAUACUGGUACAUUCCUCAGCCGGAAUGCUACUUCAACAGCACCUUCAACGGCAUCAUCCCUAUGGAGCAACACUGGGACGGCUCGCCCAACAUGGACGCCAAGGAGACGAAAUCCCUCGAGAAGGAGAUACCCUGGCGGGAGAUCAUGGAACGUUCUCCAGAAGACCUCCGGGCCUUUGUGGAGGGCGUGGCCAAGAUCAUGAGCACCCCCGCUCUGAGGCAGAGAAUUAUCCCAUCAAGGGGAUGCUACCGCGACAAGACGAAGGGACAGGGCCCAUUACAGGCCAAAUGCCGGAUCGUGGCACAAGGCCAUGUGGACCCCGACCUGAAAUCGCUCACACGACGAGCUCCAACCCCAUCGCGAACAUCGGAGAUGGUCAUUUUGGCCCUCUACGCCAGCGGUGCCAAUGGGAAAGCCUUCAACAACAAGGCGCGAUGGACUCUUUGGUUUGGAGACGCCGCCACUGCAUUUCUUCAAGGACGACAAGCACAGGAGGAACGCAACGGCCCACUAUAUCUCAGGCCUCCUCGCGAUCCUUUGAUUAAAGCAGCUGGUGCCUUUCCACAUGACCUCUACGUCCUGGAAGGCAACGUCUACGGACUCAGCAACGCACCAGUCAUGUGGAGCAGAGAGGUGACCUCAAGACUUAAAAAGGCCGGCUUUAAGGUGCAUGCCUACGACGCUAUGGUCUUCAUGUACCCCAGCAAGCGCUUCCCUGGCUCACCAUCAGCCGUGCUCUUGGUCUACGUAGACGAUUUCCUCGUUACAGCGAAGAGUUUAACUUCAGCAUCUUGGAGUCACUCUUCGAAUGGGGAUCUACCACCCUCAUUGAGACAGAUGGACCGCCCGUCACCUUCAAGGGCAAGCAGAUCUCGGUACAGACCGACAAGCCUUGCGGCAAAGGGACGACAGACGACCUACGGGGACUUGCAAGACCUCUACGACAUGGCCGACUUCCUCAAGACCUACCCGAAGGACGGCAUCACCAUCCCCGGGGUCAACUUCGGCCGCACUACGCACAUCGUCGCAUACAGCGACUCGAGCUGGGCAAAAGCUCUAGAGACCUCCUCGCAGCAUGGAUUUCUCUUCCUGCUGACCAACUCGCAGGUCACAGAAGCACCACAACCAGGCGCACUCAUAGACUGGAAAUCCUGCCGGUCUUCAAGAGUCUGCAGGUCUACACUGGCAGCCGAGGCUAUCGCAGCCGACGUCGCCACCGACCGCGGCAGCUUCGCGAACCACUUCCUGGGGGAGAUCAUUUUUGAUGUUCCUGCACAUCAGGUUGGCGACCGCCUCACCUUCUUGUUGGCGGUGGAUUGCAAGCCGCUCUACGACACUGUGGUGUCGGCCAACCCUUCCUUGCAGGACAAGCGCAGCCUGGUGAACGUCAAGUUUAUCCAGGAGUACGUGAACCAGAGGAGGAUGCGCUGGAUACCCACGCAGAUCGUGAUGGCCGACGGCCUCACCAAGCAGAGCAAGCUACUUCGUGAUCAGCUCCGGCAGUGGCUUCUCAAACCGGUCAUCCAGAUUCGGGAGUGA